CCAUUGAAAAGGCGGCGGCGGCCGAGCGACCCCAGCCACUCAGCGCAGCGAGCAGGGAACGUGCGGGACAGAACGCGGGGCUCGCCUCACCCGCCUCACCCGCACAGCCACUGCGAUCCACGCGACACACACGAGUCUCCAGUCCAGCCAGCCAAAUGGACAGCACUGCCAAGGCAGAGAGCGGCUCCAGCCAGCACUUCCUGCAGCCAGCCUGCUACUUUGCACAGAGCCUGCAACUGAGCCCGGGGGACGGACAGCAGCAGUCCAAUGCCAAGUCCGGUGCCAAGCAGGUCAAGAGCAGAGGUCGUCCUCCCCGGAGCUGAUGAGGUGCAAGAGGAGGCUCAACUUCAAUGGCUUCGGCUACAGCUUGCCCCAACAGCAGCCGGCGGCAGUGGCCAGGAGGAACGAGAGGGAGAGGAACAGGGUCAAGCUGGUCAACCUGGGCUUCGCCACCCUCCGGGAACAUGUGCCCAACGGGGCGGCCAACAAGAAGAUGAGCAAGGUGGAGACCCUCCGCUCCGCAGUAGAGUACAUCCGAGCGCUGCAACAACUGCUGGACGAACAUGACGCUGUCAGCGCUGCCUUCCAGUCCGGGGUGCUGUCACCUACCAUCUCCCCAAACUACUGUCAUGACAUGAACUCUAUGGCAGGAUCUCCUGUCUCCUCCUACUCCUCCGAUGAAGGAUCCUACGACCCCCUAAGUCCAGAGGAGCAAGAACUGCUAGACUUCACCACCUGGUUCUGA